AAAGUAGUGUGUUCUUGAGCCUAUAUAAGAGAGGGUCACACGCUCCAGUCGACUCACCAUCGAUCCAUCUGACGGUUAGUUCCAAGGGAAAGAAGAAAUGGAGGCUUCACGCAAGGUGUUCUCGGCCAUGCUUCUCAUGGUGCUGCUGCUUGCAGCCACUGGUGAGAUGGGCGGGCCGGUGAUGGUGGCGGAGGCUCGGACGUGCGAGUCGCAGAGCCACCGGUUCAAGGGCCCGUGCGCCCGCAAGGCGAACUGCGCCAGCGUAUGCAACACGGAGGGCUUCCCCGACGGCUACUGCCACGGCGUCCGCCGCCGCUGCAUGUGCACCAAGCCCUGCCCCUGAUCGAUGAACCAGCAGCUAGCGCAGCAGCUUGUGCCGCCACCUCGCGCAUGUGUCAUCGUGUCGAUCGAUCGGAUCCUAGCUGCCCUAUGAAUGAAUAAAAGUGUGUGGCUUAUGCGUGGUUUUCUCUUGGAGAA